UACAGUCCCUAUCCGCCUUCGCCGGCCAGUGCCGCAAUGCUUCAUGGGAAGGGUAGUUCUACCGGUCGUGCUCAAGGCCCCGGCACAGUGAGCGUAAACUAAGCUUCCCAGCGAGCAGCGCGACGGCCUGGGAAGAGGGGCAAGAUGGCGGACGCCGAAGAUGGUGUUUUGCGGCCGGCGGGAUCCUCCACUGCCCCAAUUUCCUUCAGCUUCAAUCGCACGUCCGCCCGGAGAUGGCUAGCGGGAGACGUGGCUCCGGAGGAGAAGGAUUUCUUGAAGACCGUGGAAGGCCGGGAGCUGCAGAGUGUGAAGCCCUCAGAAGCCCCCAAGGAACUUGUCAUCCCUUUGAUCCAGAAUGGCCAUCGAAGGCAGCCACCGACCCAGGCCCCUGGGCCAUCCACACAUACUGAGGUCUUGAUGGAUGGGAUGCUGUCCCAGGCUGUGAAGGAGCUCAUUGAGGAAUCCAAGAAGUCUCUGGAGGAGAGAGAGAAUGCAGGUGUCGACCCCACACUUGCUAUCCCCAUGAUCCAGAAAGGAGGCACCCCCAAUGGAGAAGGGACAGACAGCGAACCCCAGGCUGAGACAGUGCCGGAGGAGGCUGAUUACGAGGCAGUGCCUGUAGAGGCCUAUGGGCUGGCCAUGCUGCGGGGCAUGGGCUGGAAACCUGGCGAGGGCAUUGGCCGGACCUUCAGUCAAGUAGUGAAGCCCCGUGUCAAUUCACUGAGGCCCAAGGGGUUAGGACUGGGCGCCAACCUGACUGAGGUCCAGGCCCAGGCCCCUGCCAGCCCCUACCGCCUGCCGAGGCCAGAUGAGGAGCAAGAGAAGGAUAAGGAAGACCAGCCUAAAGGACUGGUGCCUGGAGGAGCUGUGGUGGUUCUUUCUGGCCCCCACCGAGGCCUCUAUGGGAAGGUGGAAGGCCUUGAUCCUGACAAUGUUCGAGCCAUGGUCCGUCUGGCUGUGGGGAGCCGCAUGGUGACUGUUAGUGAGUAUUGCCUGCGGCCUGUCUCCCAGAAGGAGUUUGACAAGAACUUGAAUCUGAGUCAGGUGAGCAGAACUUCCCCUGGGGAACACCACAGAACAACCUCAUCACGGAAGACCCUCCAGGAUCAGGACAGCCACAUAUGCUGGGAGGAUGCAGAGAGGAAGCGGAAACACCAUCCAGACCGACAAGAUGGGCCUGCGGCCAAGAGUGAGAAAGCAGCCCCCCGGAGUCAGCACUGGCUGCACAGGGAUCUGCGAGUGCGGUUUGUGGACAAGCUGCACAAGGGCGGCCAGUAUUACAACACCAAGAUGACAAUUGAAGAUGUCCUGAGCCCAGAUACCUGUGUGUGUCGGACAGAUGAAGGCCAGGUCUUGGAAGGCCUGAGGGAAGACAUGCUGGAGACCCUGGUCCCCAAGGUCCCAGGCGACCAGGUGAUGGUGGUGCUGGGGCAAUGGGCUGGAAGGGUGGGCCGUCUGCUGGACCGGGACAGAGCACGGAGCCGGGCUCUGGUACAGCUGCAGAGAGAAGACAGAGUGGUGGAGCUUCACUAUGAUGCCAUCUGCCAGUUUGUGGGCCUCUGGGACGUGGAGGAAGACUGACCUGUGGACACACUCCUAUCCCCCGGGCUGUUUCGAGUCCUGUACAAUGUGAAAAGCCCGCCUUUGUGAAGGUGGGGGGUCAUGGUUUGCUCUCCACUUGGCAGUGCAGCCCUGGGACAGGAUGGGUCAGAAGGGAGGCUAGAAACAAACCCAGUUUACCCGAAGUUAGUAUAUAAUAAAAAGUUCAAAUAGUUCAUGAAACAGA